CACCGUUUUGGGACGAAUCUUUAUUGCGAAGCGAAAUGUUGUUCGUCGAAGGAGUUUAAAUAAAGAGCCGGAUCUUUUGAAUUUAAAGGUCCAAGAUGGAGCUCCCAAACUACAGUCGACAGCUCAUGCAGCAACUGCAUGCUUUACGAAAGGAGAAGCAGUUCUGCGACUGCUCCAUUCUGGUGGGUGAGACCCCCCACCCCGCUCACAAGCUAGUGCUGGCGGCCUCCAGUAUGUUAUUUAAGUCUGUUCUGGAAGGUUCUGACAGCAUCUCCAUCGACACAGAUUUACUGUCCUCUCAAGAGUUUUCCUCUCUUCUGGACAUGGUGUACACCGGGAAACUGCCUCCCGGCAAGCACAACUUCACCCGACUCAUAGCCGCCGCUGACAGCCUGCAGAUGUUUGAUGUGGCUGUCGGUUGUAAGAACAUUCUCACCGACCUCAUGAAGCAGACUUCUGUGGAAACUAAGACCGAGUCGAUGGACUCUCAUGUAAUAAAACCUGACUGUCUUAAGGAGCAAUCUGAAUCAGAACUGCUUAAAAGAGAGAAGAGUUUGCAAGAGGACAAUGCAGUUGAGCUGAUCUCUAAAAAUCAAGCUGGUGUCACAAAGAUCCUACAGUGUGGACAGUCAUAUAUUAAGGUUCUUGAGAUCUGGGAUUCAAUCUCCACAGAGGAGCACAAGGUCAUACUGGAGAGCUUCAGAGGAGAUCCAUCAGCAGAUGAGGUUUACCAGCGGUUGCUAAAUCAUGUGAAAGUUGAGAGAGUUAUGUCAGCUCAAACAGUCCUUACUUUGUUUGAACAGCUAAAAUGUUUAAACCCUGAACCAGGAUCAGUUCUGGAGGAGCAGGGAAAUCAGAGCGGCCCCAAGCCAAAAGAUCCUGCAGCAGAUGUUCAGGAGUCUGCUGGGCUUUUACAGCGUGCAUCAGAACUAACUCGUCACCUCUCCAGUGUCAACAACCUCUCAGAGCUUUUGACCAAUGCAGUGAACAGGUGUUCCAGUGAUAUGGAAAAAGAAGCAGUGCUGCAGUGCUGUUCUGCUCCAUCAUCAGGGGAGGUGGCGGAAAGGUUGUUAUGUAAACUCCGAGAGAAGACCAUGAGUGAAGAAACGUUUCUGAUGCUGCUCAAUGAGGUGAAGGAAAGCUCCUCAGAUCUGCUUCAGCUUCUGGAGGCCCUGAAAGACGCAACGGGCAACACAGCUGAAGACAGCAGUGGGAUGGAUUUGUUGAGAAUUUAUCAGAACAGACUCGUCAAGCUGAAUCUGGACCUCCAGCUCAUCGAACAGAGUCUUAAAUUGGGUCCUGACAUGCCUGCAAAUGAGAGAGAGUGUAUUAAAGCCCUGCUGGGAGGAAAAGGAGAUGGCGAAGUGGUUGAAAGGCUGAUAUCUGCAGCAUUGGAGGGGUCACUGCAGGCGGUGACUGUAUGGAGGCUGUUCCUGUGGACAGAGACACACAGUCCAGAGCUGGGGCUCCUCAUGCAGGAGGUCAAGGAGAAACGACACGCACGAAAACUUCUCCAAACCAUUAAAGACAUAGAUGUGCUCUUCCAGCACAAAUCACUCAUUCUGGAAACAAUCUGCGACAUUACCCAGCUCGAACAGGGUGUGGACGCAGCGGAUCAUGGAUCAGAGCAAUUUGCUGAGUUUCUCCAGAGCUGUCGUGGAGCCGAUGGAGAGCUGGAGUCGGUACAGCAGACUGUCGAGAGAGUUUUGAGUCGUGACUCAGAGUUUGCCAGUACACUGUGCCAGCUGCUGUCUGCCAACCAGCAGAACCUCCCUCAGCUGACCACUCUCAUGAAGCACCUCAAACAUACUGGGCCUCUGUCAGAUUCUGACUGUCCUCUAAAAUCUGAGGUUGAGCAAGAAGCAUCAACGGCAGACUCUGAGGAUGAUGAUGAUGGGGAAGACUUAAAAACAAAAGGCAGAAGGAAGGCUGUGCCCGUGUCUUACCGCUGCGAGUGGUGUAAUAAGACGUUUGACUUUAAGUGUCGUCUGAUAAAGCAUAAGAAAGGCUGUGCCCUCACACCGGGGAAGGAGCAGCGCUGCUCAGAGUGUUCAAUGCCGUUUCCAACGCUCAAGAGCCUUCACCAGCACUGCAUGGAUACCCACGGCGGCCCGCCGGCUAAGAAGAAGAAAACAGAACAAGUACCAUGUGACAUGUGCGACAAGACCUUCAAACACUCUUCAGGUCUUUUGUAUCAUAAACGCACAGAACAUUUUGAGGAGAGGCCGUACGCUUGCGAGGAGUGCGGGGCGAAGUUUGCUGCCACCUCGUCCCUGAAGAACCACAUGCGUCUACACACGGGAGAAAAACCCUUCCACUGCAAACACUGUGACAUGAGCUUUUCUGUGGCCGCCGCUCUGUCCUAUCACACCAAGAAGAAGCAUGCCGAGGGUAAAAUGUACUGCUGUCAGUACUGCUCAGCCUCAUUCGCACAGUCCAUCGAACUGACGCGUCACGUACGCACACACACGGGAGACAAACCGUACGUCUGCAGGGAAUGCGGUAAAGGAUUCAAACAAGCCAAUGGCCUAUCCGUCCAUCUACAGAACUUUCACAACAUCACAGAACCUCAUGACUGCCAGAAAUGCCGGGUGAGUUUCUCUUCGCUGGACGAGCUCCGACAGCACAUCCAGGAGGUGCAUCCGAAAGAGCUGCACCAGUGUCUCGAGUGCAGCAAGAUCUUCAACAGCGAAGCCAAUCUGGAGAAACACAUGAACAUUCAUGACGGCAACAAACCCUACAGCUGCAAGAUGUGCAAAAAGUCCUAUCAGACUCUCUCCGGUCUGUGGUACCACAAUCGCACUGCCCACCCUGAGAGCGUCUCUGCCCAGAGCAACAAAUCCAUCAAAUCUCUCCUGCAGUGUGACAAGUGUGACAAGACAUUUAGCAACCGAAACAGUCUGUUAAAACACCAGAUAACCAAUCACACAGAAGUGCACGUGUGGAAGUGUGUGAACUGUGACAGCACUCUGACGAGCGAGCAGGAGCUGCAGCAGCACGUCUGCAGUGGACAGUCGAGUCAGACCAGCUCUGUGUUCAGCUGUAUGAUCUGCUCUCUCCACUUCCCCUCAGAGGCAGACUUCCAGCAGCACUUCCUGUCCAAACACCUGCAGCUCAUGCAAGAGGAAGCACAGACACAGGCCUCCAGUUCUCAUACGGUGAUUCAGUGUGAGGAGACAACCGGUCAAGAGGUGGAGCAGGUGAUUAGCCUCGACCAAUCCCGGAUUGAGGGGUCAUCGCAGGUGUUCGUCGCUCUGGGGGAUCAACAGGAAACUCCCAGCGGCUCUGGAAUCGUGGCCGUGAGCAUGGAAGAUCUACUGAACGGCACAGUCACGCUCAUUUGUGAAGAAGGUCAAUGAAGCACAUGGGUUUAUGAUCAUGGUCAUGUUCAUUUUUACACUGGAUUACACCGGUGACUGAAGGCUUUAGUCUUAAUGUGAAUUUGUGCGAUACACGAUGUGAUUCUCUGGAUCACUUGAUAUGUUUUCCUCUCCUGAAAGAGGCUACGCGUACACAAGCAUUCAAAAUCCAUGUUAAAAAUAGCUCAAGUUGACAUCUGUCUUCAGUACAGUCUGAAUCUUUUUUGAUUGCAGGGGAUUAUGAAAUCCAUUCCUUUUUUUGAGCUCUUUAUUUAUUUAUUUGAAUGUGUUCUGACAAGCACUAACUUAUUUUAAAAGCGAAAACUGAUUGGUUUUCCUACACAAUAUCUACCUCCAAUCAAGCAUCAUGUUCAGAGAUGAUUUGUGUCUGGUCUUGGUUAGACUUUGGACCGUUUCAAAAUAGUGUCUAUUUACAUCAAGUACAAAUAGCCCGUCUUCUUUUCCUGCUAAAAAAUUACUUGUAAAAAAAUAUUUUGUUACUAAGCUGACUAUUUAACAUUUUAUUCCUACAUCUGCGUAGAAAUCUGAUGAAUAUGAUUUAAAAUAAAUCAUAGGAAAGUUUGUCUAUUUACUACAUAUAAGUAUAAAUAGCAAAUUAGUUUUAUUACAAUAAGUAUGACAUCAGCAGAUAAAACAUGUCCAGUCUUUUUGUAAAUGAUGCUUAUGUUUAUUUUUUAUAGAAAUUGAGUAUCAUUGAGUAAAAACAAUCAUUUACUGUUCAUAAGAAAGAUCACACCAACCCUCAAAUACAUAUCAUACUGUAUAGAAUAAAAAUACUAUAUUAUACUAUAAUAUAUUUGUAGUUAAGCCAGUAAUUGAUAGACAACCCUGAGUCAUUGUUUUUUUUUACAUUCAUAGGGGCAUAGUUAAAUCUUAUAACCUGACCACAUUGUGCAGUUUCAUAAAAAAAUCAAUACAGUAACCAGUGCAACACUGCAGUUAUACUAGUCUAGUGUUUGUGCACACAUAAAUAAUACAGGAAUAUAUGAACACAAGAGACCAACAAAUAAUUUCUUGUUAUAAUACACUGAUACUGACUUUACAAAUAAAGCUUAGAACUAAGCAUCAGAUGCCCGCAUUAAUCUGCUCAUUUUACUGUCUAUGCACAAUAUAACAGUAUCAGCUAUUCUCUAUUUUAAUGAUGUUAUUUGGUCGAUACUGGACACAGAGAAUACUUGGGAUAUAUAUUAAGACUUAAGCUUACAUAGUUUUCUUAAAAUAACACAUUUAUUAUCAGCCAUAAUAAAAAUAAAUAUUGGGAAGAACAGUAAAAUAUUCUUGUUGCAAAGAAAAAAAUGUCGAAAUACCUUUCGUUUUCUGUUUAUGUUGUUCAGGAAAGUGUCAUAGAGAUAAUUAAGAAGAGGUCAUUCUCAGAAUAAAGAAUAAAGAACUACAGCUCUCUAAAACAAUGUAAAACUCACACGGAUGGGGUUAAAAAUAAGAGACGAACAUGACAAUAAUAUGUGCCCCUGAACCACAAAACCAGUCACAUGGGUCAGAGAUUUAUACAUCAUCUGAAAACUGAAUAAAUAAGAUUUCCAUUGAUGUAUGGUUUGUUAGAAUAGGAGAUGCAACUAUCUGAACAUCUGGAAU